UCUCUCUUCAAACACACCAAGUCCAAGUGAGUAGCACACCACCUUUCUUCUUCCUUUCAGUUCUUCAGCAAACAUGGCGUACUCUACAAAAGCAGUUGCUGCUUCACUUCUUGUCUCCCUUCUCAUCCUCCAUCUCUCCAAUGCCCAAUUUGAUCAGGCGGAGUUGAGCAAUGCCCCAGCACCCAGCCCUAAACCUCAAGGCAUAGACUGCCCAGCAGCUUGUGGAGAAAGGUGCAAAAAGUCAAAGAGACCAAAUCUGUGCAAGAGGUCUUGCGGGAGCUGCUGCAACACGUGCAAGUGCGUUCCACCUGGAACUUCUGGAAAUUACGAGAUCUGCCCCUGCUAUUUUAAUCUCAAAACCCACAACAACACCCGUAAAUGCCCUUAAAAUUAUUAAUAUUAUUCCGCCCAUCCUUAUAUUUCUAUCAUAAUUUAUAUUUUGUGUCGUAAUUAAAUUUAUGGUGUAAAUUUAGUCAUUAAGUUAUUAUCAAAGUUAAAUAUGUCAAAUCUAGAGACUAAAUUUAUAUGACAAUGAAUGUAUUUGUAUCCAUCGGAACUAAGAGAUUAAAAAUAUUAUUUAUCCCAUUAUUAUUGUUGUUGUGGUGGUACUUAAUUGUAACAAAUAAUGUAUUGUCUUAGUCCAAAAAACAAUUGGGAUUUUACGUUUGUACCCAUUUGUCA